AUGGAGAUAGGAGUGCAGUCCAAAAAUGUUAAUGUUGAAGUCCAUGUCAAAUCUCAAAGCACUGCGAAACUGUCAGAAGUGAAGAGCCAUGUCCUGUCUCUGCUAAACCGACACAGCAUGAUUUUUGGAAAUUAUAGAUGGACAGAGUUUGAUGAAGAGUUCCUCUGCAGAAAUGUACAGUCCGUGUCUAUAGUUGAUCUUGAAGGCCUGGUGACUCAGCCUCUGGAUCUAAGGAGCUGUUCACUAUCUGUGCACAUUUUCACUUUGAAUGAGGACGGACCAAGCACUCUCAAUUUAGAAGAUGACGAGGAGCUCUAUGCAGCCAAUCACUGGUUGCUUCCAGCGGCUGAAUUCCAUGGGAUCUGGGAAAGUCUGGUCUAUGAAAGUGGGGUUAAAACUCAGCUUUUGGACUACGUCACAACCACGAUCUUCUUCUCGGACAAAAAGGUUGACAGUAACCUGAUUUCAUGGAACCGCGUUGUCUUGCUUCAUGGACCCCCUGGCACUGGGAAAACCUCAUUGUGUAAAGCCCUGGCUCAAAAGCUGUCAAUCAGACUUUCAAAUCGGUAUUCAUACGGACAAUUUGUGGAGAUAAACAGCCACAGUUUGUUCUCAAAGUGGUUUUCCGAGAGUGGAAAACUGGUCACAAAAAUGUUUCAAAAAAUUCAGCAGCUAAUUGACGACAAAGAAGCUCUUGUGUUUGUUUUAAUAGAUGAGGUAGAGAGUCUUACAGCCGCACGGAAUGCAUCUCAAGCUGGAACCGAGCCGUCCGAUGCAAUCCGAGUCGUGAACUCGGUCCUCACGCAGCUGGACCAAAUCAAACGACACUCCAACGUUGUGAUCCUGACAACCUCCAAUGUGACAGAAAAGAUCGAUUUGGCAUUUGUGGACAGAGCUGAUAUUAAGCAGUAUAUAGGCCCUCCAUCUGAGAAAGGCAUUUACAACAUCUACCUCUCCUGUCUGGAAGAGCUCAUGAAGUGCCAGAUCGUCCACCCUCGGCAGCAGCUGUUCACCAUAUUUGAACUGGAAACAAUGGGCUAUGCUAAAAGUGAGGUCUCCGAGCACAGUCUGAAGCUGAGGAACAUUGCAAUAAAGAGCAGAGGUUUGAGUGGAAGGGCUCUCCGGAAACUACCUUUUCUCGCCCAUGCAAUGUUUGUCAAGACACAGACCGUGUCCCUGGAGAAGUUCCUGAUUGCGAUGGACAGCGCGGUGGACAAACAGAAAGAGGAGAAAAAUAAUUUGGUCAACGGCGUCUGA